CAUAUUUAUUCACUGCUCCAAGUUUAAAGUUUUCCCCAAUUUUAUCAUCAUCUCGACCAGCACAAUCUGAAACAAACCCUAGUAACUCCCAAUUCAAUUUGGAUCGUCGCAGAUAAUACAGAAGGCAAUCAAGAGCUCAAGGGAGCAGAUUUUAUCAAAAGAUUUCUUUCAAUUUCUCGAAAAGGUUGCUUUAUUUGAAGAAUCACAGCCACAAUGAGGCUUAAAAGUGGUUACAAAGUGGAGGUAAUGAACACCUCGGAGGUGCCAAUCUCGUGGCAUACUGCUGAGGUACUUUCUGGAAAUGAUCAUACCUACACUGUGAGAUAUGAUUCUUGUUCCAUGUUUAGAAGUCCAUCAAGGAAGGUGAAAAUUCCUAGGAAGCUUAUUAGACCUUGCCCCCCUCCAGUCCGAAGUGGAGAAAAUUGGGUAGUUGGUGACCUUGUGGAGGUAUGUUUAUCUAAUGAAGAAUACUCAUGGAAAGUUGCAUGUGUUCUCAAGGUUUUGAGAGGAGAUCAUUAUUUGGUGAGACUACUUGGAUGCUCUGAGGAAUUUUCCAUCCACAGAUCACAGAUGAGAAGCCGACAAUAUUGGCAAGAUGGAAAAUGGGUUUUGCUGCCUAAGGGUUCUGGAAAUUUUAAAGCUCUAAAAGCACAUAAAUUAUCAUCUUAUAAUUGUCAUAAAAAGUUGAACUUCCAGUCACCUUCAUCUGAUCAUUGGGCUAAUGUACGUGGAGGAAAGGAGUGUUUUGCCUCUGAAGACAUCACUAGAUUGCAGGACUCUCAUGUGGUCUCUUCAAGAUCCUUGAAGCGGGAGUCUCCUUACUACUCAUCCACUGUUGAAUCAUAUCCUGGAAACUCUCAGAAGCUAAGAGCCUUGGAGACAAAUUGCAAGAGACAAAGAGUAGUAGCUCCAUCACAAUCACUUGAAAAGGUAGAUGCUGUUGCUUACCCAAGAGAAACACUGGGUGAAAAAUACAUGCAUACUUCCGUUAAUGUUAUAUCAAAUGGAUAUAAUGAAAUGUACGAAGAAAAACUACAUGGUGUCUUUUGUCAUUCCUCAUCGACAACCUCAGAAUUUAGUGAUUCUGAUAGUGGUAGCUCUGUUGGUAGUUGUAGUGUUGCUAGCAAUAGUCAAAUUAAUCCUGGUUUCCAUUUUGUUCCAGUUCAUCGUAAAGUGUCAGAUGCCCUUGUCAGUGAUGCAGAGUCAGUUUGUCCUUUAGGAGAUGAGGAUUCAAGUCAUUCCCUUCUUCCAGAUGAUGGUUUGGGAGAAACUAUUCAUAGGUUAGAGUUGCAAGCUUAUCGCUGCACUCUGCAGGCAUUAUAUGCUUCUGGACCCUUAACUUGGGAAAAAGAAGCAUUAUUAACAAAUCUCCUUACUGAACUCCAUAUUUCAGAUGAUGAACAUUUGACAGAGCUAAAAAACCUAAUAUCUGCUAAGGCACCAUAUGAUAAUUAGGAUUCAUGUCUCUUCUGUUCUAGUUGGGUAAUUUUCAUCCCUCUUCCCUAUAUAUUUUAAAAAGCAAGGUUGCACUUUGUAUAUUUAGUCUUGUUAUUUCUCAGAUUUUUUGGGAAGUUGAUUUUUGUAACUAUGGGAUUAUGUAAUAUUUAUUAUAAAAAAAAUUACAGAAAUGUUGCAUUGAAAUGACUCAAAUGAGUAUAUGGAUUCAUGUUUCCUGUAA